AAUGUAUUCCAGUAUAUGCGUAAGUAACUAAAUUAUGAAUCAAUGACCCUAACGGAUGGGGGGUGUACUACUAUUUCAUACAAUUUUCCUGGGGGAAAUAUGUACACACUUUUAAGUGAUUUCAGUGAAAAGGUUCAUGUGGCAGGAACUGUAGGGCAGAAAUAUUCGGCUGAAGCUAUUUACACCGAAUGGCUCAAUUUCAAGCUCGAUACAGUCAAAAUUCAAACGUAUCAUGUCAUGUUGACCUAUCCUAAUGAGAAAAAAGACAACAAGGUUUCAUUGAUUGACACGGGGGGUGACGUUAAAUGGGAAUCUUCCGGGAUGAACAAUUAUUCGUCUCUAGAUCAAAAUGAGCCAGAAUUGAUUCCUCCUUAUAACGCCAAUUCAGCUGAUGGAAAUAUUGAAGUUACUUUUCUUUUCUUUUUAAAUUUUUUUUCUUGA